GCUGCUCACACCGAAGAGCCGCAUUCCAGUCGCGCCACGGAACGGGAUAUUUCGGCGAGUUUGGGAAUUUAACAAUGACUAGGACAUGCCAUCGAAGGAUCACUCGAACGUGAGCGCCGGACGAGGACCGAAGGUGGAUGUCAGAGUGAUUGACUUUUGUUUGAGAAGGCAAAGAAGUGUUGACUCAGCAAGGCCUGUGCUGCAUCCCUUUCUUGUUUGAGUUCAUUUAAAACCCUUCAAUUAAAGACUAAUAGUGUGGGCCGCCACAUCCCUGAAGGACCAGUGCAGAUAUGUGGCCACCACAGGGUCCUCAGUGCAUUAUUAACCCAAAGACAGUAUUUUUCCUUGGGCUUCUGACUUUCUGCAUUUCCCCACAUCAUUCUGAAGGAGCACUGGAGUCAUUUAGAUCCUUCACACCUCCAGAUUGGGGUCUGACACAUUUAGCAAUUCACAAUAAGACAGGAGAUGUGUACGUUGGUGCGGUUAACUGGAUCUACAAGCUUUCUAGCAACUUGACCAAAUUGAGGAGUCAUGUAACGGGUCCAGUUGUGGACAAUGAGAAAUGCUAUCCGCCUCCGAGUGUACAGUCAUGCCCCCAUGAUCUUUCCCCAAAUAGCAAUGUGAACAAGCUGCUGCUAAUAGACUAUCCCCAAAACCGACUCAUAGCCUGUGGAAGUACCUCGCAAGGGAUCUGUCAGUUUCUGCGCCUGGAUGAUCUCUUUAAGCUCGGCGAGCCACACCACCGGAAGGAACACUACCUUUCUAGUGUGGUCGAAUCGGGAACCAUGUCCGGGGUCAUAAUUUCUGAGGGACACCUCAGCAAGCUUUUCAUCGGCACGCCUAUUGAUGGAAAAUCCGAGUAUUUCCCGACUCUCUCCAGCCGUAAGCUGAUGGCCAAUGAGGAGGAUGCCGACAUGUUCAGCUUCGUCCAUCAGGAUGAGUUUGUCUCCUCUCAAUUGAAGAUCCCUUCGGACACACUUUCCAAAUUCCCAGCAUUCGAUAUCUACUAUAUAUACAGCUUUAGCAGUGAGCAGUUCGUCUACUACCUGACCUUGCAGCUGGAUACCCAACUAACAUCUCCUGACGCAAGCGGAGAGCAGUUCUUCACAUCCAAGAUCGUGCGACUCUGUAUUGACGAUCCCAGGUUUUACUCUUAUGUGGAAUUCCCAAUCGGAUGCACUAAGGAUGGCGUGGAGUAUCGACUGAUCCAGGAUGCCUACUUGAGCAAACCCGGAAGGCAACUUGCAAACUCUUUGGGAGUGUCCGAGCAGGAGGAUAUAUUGUUUACGGUCUUCUCUCAAGGUCAGAAGAACCGAGCCAAACCUCCAAGAGAGUCAGCGCUCUGCCUGUUUACUCUCACGAAAAUCAAGGAGAAGAUCAAGGAAAGGAUUCAGUCAUGCUAUAGAGGAGAGGGCAGGCUGUCUUUGCCCUGGUUACUCAACAAGGAGCUACCAUGCAUCAACUCGCCUCUCCAGAUCGAUGAUAAUUUCUGCGGGCAGGAUUUUAACCAGCCUCUUGGGGGCACUAGGACUAUCGAGGGCACGCCGCUCUUCAUAGACAAAGAUGACGGGAUGACUUCUGUCGCUGCGUACGAUUAUCGAGGAAACACGGUGGUUUUCGCAGGAACACGAAACGGCAGAAUGAAGAAGAUUCUGAUUAAUUCAGUGAGUCCGUCCCGACCAGCACUGCUGUACGAGAGCGUGGCCGUCAGCGAGGGCAGUCCACUGCUCAGAGAUAUGAUGUUCAGUCCAGACCUGCAGUUCAUCUACACACUCACUGACAAACAGGUGACGCGUGUGCCGGUGGAGACCUGCUCUCAGUACUCGACCUGCUCUGAGUGUCUGAGCUCCAGAGACCCUCACUGCGGCUGGUGUGUCCUUCACAACAUUUGUUCUCGUCGUGAUCGCUGCGAGCGUGCGGAUGAACCGCAGAGAUUCGCUUCCAGAGUGGAUCAGUGUGUGGAGCUGACGGUGCAGCCCAACAACAUCUCCGUCACCAUGGCUGAAGUACAGCUGGUCCUUCAGGCCCGAAACGUUCCGGAUCUUUCCGCCGGGGUGGACUGCUCCUUCGAGGAUUACACCCAGACUGAAGGAACAAUACACGGAUCCCGAAUCUACUGUCUCUCACCCACAGCCAAAGAACUGGUGCCCAUCACACGCCAGCAGAGAGACACUCAUGUGCUGAAGCUCUACCUCAAAUCUCGGGAAACGGGCCAGAAAUUCGCCAGUGUGGAUUUCACCUUCUACAACUGCAGCAUCCACAGAUCGUGUUUGUCGUGUGUGAACGGCUCUUUUCCAUGUCACUGGUGUAAAUACAGACAUCUGUGCACUCAGAACGCAAACGACUGCUCUUUUCAGGAGGGACGAGUGAACAUGUCUGAGGACUGUCCUCAGAUCCUGCCGUCCACACAGAUCUACAUCCCCGUGGGCGUCCCGAAGCCCAUCACGCUGUCAGCCCGGAACCUUCCCCAGCCUCAGUCCGGACAGAGGAACUACGAGUGUGUGUUCCACAUCCAGGGGGAAACACACAGCGUGACGGCACUUCGCUUUAACAGCUCCAGCAUACAGUGCCAGAAAACUACAUAUAACUAUGAAGGAAGUGACAUCAGUGAUCUUCCUGUUGAUCUGUCCGUGGUCUGGAAUGGAAACUUCAUCAUCGACAACCCUUAUAACAUACAAGCGCACCUGUACAAGUGUUAUGCGCUGAGGGAGAGCUGUGGUUUGUGUCUGAAGGCCGACCCGAGCUUCGAGUGUGGCUGGUGUGUUCAGGACAGAAAGUGCUCUCUGCGGCAGGAAUGUGCUCAGCCAGAACACACAUGGAUGCACGCCACUGCCGGAAACAGCCGCUGCACACACCCGCGCAUCACCAAGCUGUCUCCUGAGACCGGCCCGCGGCAGGGAGGAACCAGACUGACCAUCAGCGGAGAGAAUCUGGGCCUUCAGUUCAAAGACAUCCAGAAUGGGGUGCGCAUCGGGAAAGUGUCCUGCCAGCCCAUCGAGGAGGAGUACAUCAGUGCUGAGCAGAUCGUGUGCCGUUUGGCCGAUGCCACGGGUUAUCGCGUGCAGGAGGCUCACGUGGAAGUGUGUGUGCGCGACUGUCUGCAGGACUACAGGGCGGUUUCUCCAAAAGUCUUCACGUUUGUGUCUCCGUACUUCACCCGUGUGGUGCCGUCCUAUGGGCCGAUUUCUGGAGGAACGAGGAUCACAAUUUACGGCAGUCAUCUGAACGCAGGCAGCGCCGUUUCCAUCAAGAUCGGACUCAACACUUGCCAAUUCGAGAGACGGAGUGCCCGUGAGAUUGUGUGUGUGACUCCAGCAGGUUUGGGUUCAGGCGGGACUCCAGUAAUGGUGGAUAUAAACGCAGCCGAGCUCAGAAACCCGGAGGUGAAGUUCAACUACACUGACGAUCCCAGUGUCCUGAAGAUAGAGCCAGACUGGAGCAUCGCCAGUGGAGGAACUCUAUUAACAGUCACCGGCGUCAACCUGGCCACCGUCAGAGAGCCCAAGAUGAGGGCCAAAUAUGGCAGCAUCAGCUCAGUCAAUAACUGCACAGUGCUCAAUAACACAGUGAUGGUGUGUGCGGUGCCGUCGGUGGCUGGCUCUGAGAGGGGGUUUUCGGAGGUGGGCAAUGCUCCGGAUGAGAUCGGCUUCAUCAUGGAUCAUGUGCAGAUGCUGCUGGUGGUCAACGAGAGCUUCAGUUUCUAUCCUGAUCCAGUGUUUGAGGCCUUCGGUACGGCCAUGCUGGAGCUCAAACCAGGAUCUCCACUCAUACUGAAGGUGAAGUGCUAUGUGUGUGUCUGCGUGAAUAUGUACUGUAUACUGUAUGUGUUGUGUGUAUAUGUAUUCAUGUGUCUCUAUGUGUUGUGUGUACUGUAAAUAAUUAGACUGUGUGUGUGUUGUGUGCAGGUUCUGGCUGGAGGUUUCCGCUUCUCUCCAGGAACUCUGCAGAUUUACUCAGACAGCCUGCUGACGCUGCCGGCCAUCAUCGGCAUCGGUGGAGGUGGAGGUCUUCUUCUGCUGGUCAUCAUCAUCAUCCUCAUCGCUUACAAGCGCAAAUCUCGAGACGCCGACCGGACGCUCAAACGCCUGCAGAUGCAGAUGCACAACCUGGAGUCCAGAGUCGCCCUGGAGUGCAAAGAGGCAUUUGCGGAACUGCAGACUGAUAUCCAUGAGCUGACUCAGGAUCUGGAUGGAUCUGGCAUCCCAUUCCUGGAUUACCGCACUUACGCCAUGAGAGUGCUUUUCCCUGGGAUCGAGGACCAUCCGGUGCUGAAGGAGAUGGAGGUGCCGGCCAACGUUGAGAAGGCUUUGACUCUGUUCGGGCAGCUGCUGAAUAAGAAGCAUUUCUUGCUGACGUUCAUCCGCACGCUGGAGGCUCAGCGCUCGUUCUCCAUGCGAGACCGUGGGAACGUGGCGUCCCUCAUCAUGAGCGGCCUGCAGGGGGAGAUGGAGUACGCCACUGGGGUCCUGAAACAGCUGCUGGCAGACCUCAUCGACAAAAACCUGGAGAGCAAAAACCACCCCAAACUCCUGCUGCGGAGGACCGAAUCCGUGGCUGAGAAGAUGCUAACAAACUGGUUUACUUUCCUGCUCUACAAGUUUCUUAAGGAGUGUGCCGGCGAGCCUCUCUUCAUGCUGUAUUGUGCCAUAAAGCAGCAGAUGGAGAAAGGGCCGAUCGACUCCAUCACUGGAGAAGCCAGAUACUCACUGAGUGAAGACAAACUUAUCCGACAGCAGAUUGACUACAAAACACUGACGCUGCACUGCAUUAACCCUGAGAAUGAGAACGCAGCCGAGGUGAUGGUGAAAUGCCUGAACUGCGACACUGUCACGCAGGUCAAAGAGAAGCUGCUGGACGCCGUGUUUAAGGGCACUCCGUACUCACAGCGGCCCAAAGUCGGAGACAUGGACCUCGAGUGGCGUCAGGGUCGAAUGGCUCGUAUUAUUCUCCAGGACGAGGACGUCACCACCAAAAUCGACAACGACUGGAAGCGUCUCAACACUCUGGCACACUAUCAGGUAACAGACGGGUCACUGAUCGCAUUGGUUCCCAAGCAAAACUCCGCCUACAACAUCUCCAACUCCUCAACGUUCACCAAAUCCCUCAGCAGAUACGAGAGUAUGCUGAGGACCAGCAGUCCGGACAGCCUGCGCUCUAGGACCCCCAUGAUCACCCCCGACCUGGAAAGCGGAACCAAACUCUGGCAUCUGGUAAAGAACCACGAUCACACAGACCAGCGGGAGGUGGACCGCGGCAGCAAGAUGGUGUCCGAGAUCUACCUGACCCGCCUGCUCGCCACCAAGGGGACGCUGCAGAAGUUUGUGGACGACCUGUUUGAGACCAUCUUCAGCACGGCUCACCGUGGCAGCGCUCUUCCUCUGGCCAUCAAAUACAUGUUCGACUUCUUAGACGAGCAGGCGGACAGACACAUGAUCUCAGACCCCGACGUCAGACACACGUGGAAGAGCAACUGUCUGCCACUCAGGUUCUGGGUGAACGUGAUCAAGAAUCCUCAGUUUGUGUUUGACAUUCAUAAGAACAGCAUUACAGAUGCGUGUCUGUCCGUGGUGGCGCAGACCUUCAUGGACUCCUGCUCCACAUCUGAACACAAGCUGGGCAAAGAUUCGCCCUCCAACAAGCUGCUCUACGCUAAAGACAUUCCCAACUACAAGAACUGGGUGGAGAGGUAUUACUCUGAUAUCUCGCGCAUGUCAGCGAUCAGUGAUCAGGAUAUGAGCGCGUAUCUGGCUGAACAGUCGCGUCUGCAUCUGAAUCAGUUCAACAGCAUGAGCGCGCUGCAUGAAAUCUUCUCCUACAUCACCAAAUACAAGGACGAGAUCUUGUCUGCGCUGGAGAGAGACGAACAGUCCCGCCGGCAGAGACUGAGGGCUAAACUGGAGCAGGUGAUCGACACCAUGGCUUUACCCAGCUGAUCUCAGUGUGUGUGUGAGUGUGUGUGCGCUUUUACACGGACAAAACCACAACGCUGAAUGUAGGUGGUGUCGAUUUCGCAUUGUUUUUGGAUGAUUUGUUGUUGAGUGCGGUGGACGUUUUCAUAUAACGCGGACAAAAAGACGCUCUUUGCUGUUUUAAAGAGACACUGAGGAUGUUUUGGACCUCUUAUGAAGUCAUGUGACCGAGCCAAUGAUUGCGACGGUGGAUUAAAAGGACGCUCGAAUCGUGUUUACUAUGUUUUAUGAUUUUGUACAAAUGUUAUCCGCUCUCUCUGCCACUUGUGUUUCUGCUGAAUUUUGCACAGAAUCAACGAGCAACUGCCUCCAUCUCAUGAACACACGUCUCCGGUCGGACAACGUAAGCUUUUAUCCUGUACGUACAGUAGUGUUGACGAAGGUGAAUUUACAUAAAAUGACGAAAAGACGAAAAAAAAAAGAUAAAAAUGCGAAUAAAAAAUCUUGUCCUGUGCCAUGUUUUAUUUGAAUGUCGUUUAAUGCAAGGUGUGUGAAGUAGGAAUGUGAUUGUUGACUAAAAAACAUGAUGACGGGAGAAUUAAGUUGUCCAAAAUGAAUUUGGACUGAACUGUUGGUCUCAAGCAAAGCUGGUAACACUUUACAAUAAGGUUGUGUUAGUUAAUAUCAGUUGGCAGCACGGUGGUGCAGUGGGUAGCGCUGUCACAUCACUGCAAGAAGGUCACUGGUUCGAGUCCCGGCUGGAUCAGUUGGCAUUUCUGUAUGGAGUUUGCAUGAUCUCCCCAUGUUGGCAUGGGUUUCCCUUCAGGUGCUCUGGUUUCCCCCACAGUCCAAAGACAUGUGCUGUAGGUGAAUUGGGUAAGCUAAAUUGGUCGUAGCUUAUGAGUGUAUGUCCUGGUGGUUGGGGGUUGGGCUAACAACACACCUCAUAAAAACUAGAGGUUACGAAACACCAACAUGGUGCUGCUAAAUAUCAACUGCGAUAGAAAUGGCCCUGAGAGUAAGUAAGUUAAUAUCAAUUAAUACAUUUACGAACAUAAACAAGCACCGAACAACACAUUUAUUACAGUAUUUGUUUUAUGUUAGUUAUUACAAAGUGUUUUGUUAUUAUAAAGUCGUUAUAAAGUGUUUUGUCAGUCAUUAUUUUGUCAAAAUAAAGUCGUUCAUGUUGCAUUAAUGAUAACAAGCAUGAAUUUGGAUGUUGAUAAUGCAUUAGUACAGUGUUUCUCAACCACAUUCCUGGAGGAGCACCAGCACUGCAUAUUUUGGAUGUCUCCUUUGUUCGUCACACCCAUUACAGAUCUUUCAGGCUUUGCUAAUGAGCUUGUGAUCUCAAUCAGGGCUCGUGGGCACACAGGAACGUGGUUGAGAAACACUGCAUUAUUAAAUGGUGAACUAAUACUAAUAAAUGGUGUUGGAGCAUUGUUCAUAAUUAGUUGAUGUUAGUUAAUACAUUAAAUCUUAUUGUAAAGUUUGACUGCAAGACUUUACAAUAAGGGAUAUUUAGUUAAUGUAUUUACUAACAUGAACAAUACAGUAACAACACAGUAUUUUACAAUAACAACAGUAUUUUCAUUAACUAAUGUUCACAAAGAUUGAUAAAUACUGUAAUUAAUGCAUUGCUUAUGUUAGUAAAUAAGGUAAGCGUAACAGUUUAGUAGAGGGAGCUAUUCUCACUAUCAACCAGUGGCUAAUUAUCUGGCUAUUAUUAAGAUAUUGGCUGUUUAUUAAUAUUUAUUAAGUAUAUGUACUGCAUGAUCUUAUUUUACAUCCCUAGCCAAUACCAAAACCCAAAUACUACAUUAAUAACUAUUAAUAAACAGCUAAUUAAGAGUUUAAUGAGCUGAAAGUCAUAGCUAAUGGUUAGUAGAAAGUGAGAAUUAACCUUGAAACAAAGUGUGAGCACAUUAACUGUGUCCUACAUGUCCUGUAUUUUAGACAAUAUAUUAAGCUAGUCUAGAAAUUGCUUUUUGGUUUAAGAAUGUUUGAUAUUUGGACUAGAAACUACAGAAAUCUAAGUUUAAAAGGCAUUUUUGCAGUGCAAACCAUAUUUUAACCCCAACCAUAUAGUAAGUAAUCAGUAGUUAAAUAAAUAAUUACACUAAUGUAACUACAUCAAGCAUCAAAUGAAGAGUUUAAUGAGCUAAAAGUCACAGAUAAUGGUUAGUUGAUAGUGAGAAUUAACUUUAAAAUAAAGUGUGACCACAUUAACUACAUGUCCCGUAUUGUAAAGUGUUACAUCUUUACUUUUCAGGAUAAACUCUUUGAUUUUCACACUAAAAAAAGACUCUCUUUUCUAUCGUACACGUGAGCUCGGAUCAUAAACACUCCAGCAGGUUCAUCUUCUGGAAAAAUCACUACGUUUACAGAGACGGAGCUGAAGUAAAUGAGCGAGAGUGAAUUGUUCGGAGUGCAUGAGUCAGUGUUUUUUUUUCUUUGGCAUGUCGAUACAGAGGGAGGAAACGCUCGUUCUUCAGUUCUGCGUGAUCAGAAAAGAGAAACGGGUUUUGUCUUUAAUGAGCAGAGCUGAUUGAUUAAGACCGAUCAAUCACUCUGCUUUCAUUGAACACUUUAAGAGAGCCGUUUCCGCCAUCUCCUCUUGCAGCUCACGAGUAAAUGUUUCAGUUUUCGAGCUUUAUAAAGUGGCUCUGAUUAUAAGAUCAUUAGUUCAGUGAAGUAUUCUAGUGCUUUAUUUUUUAUCCUAAGUUUCUGUGUUCUUAAAGAGUACGUUCUCAAUGUUUUGGUCAGUUUUUAAAAAAAAUCUGAUUUAACCUAAAGACUAGGACUGGGUGAAUGAAUUAAUUGGUAGCACUUUACAAUAAGGUUGUAUUAGUUAAUGUUCAUCUACUAGCAUGAACUAACAAUGAACAAUACAUUCAUCACAGUAUUUGUUCAUGUUAGUUACUGAAAAUACACUCAUUCAUUCUUAGAUCUU